AUGUCACAUCAAACCAUUCUUGUCGUUUUUCAAGACAGUCAACUAAGAAAUCGAAUACUUCACAAAACAUUAAUCUUCAAAACAUUUCGAAACAGCAGUUCGUUUGUUCGUAUAAUUGAAGUUCACCUGACUGUUGGCGCCAAACUGGUGAUGACUGGUGUUCUGAAUAAUGUAUCUCACGUUGGCAACGGAACUUCUAAUGCUUCUAUCAAAGCAGAAGUAGAAGACGACAUCCCUUUAUCUGAAAAGCUAAAGAGAAGUAGAAUGCAUUCGUCCUCUAGUGAUGACGAUGAUAUUCCUCUGUCUGCCAAAUUAGCCCAGAUGUCCAAAAAGCCAAAAUUGGAACCUCCAGUUUCUCCACAGCCUCGUAAUAAAAGCCAAGGUGAUCAAAGAAAAGAACAUUCGAAGUCUUCAAAUGAAAAGAUUAAAAAAGAAAAUACACUUAGUUCUCCUAGCAAAGUUAGAAAGCAUGAAAAACCUGAAGAGGAAGUUUGGAGGUGGUGGGAAGAGCAAAAGAAAGAUGACGGUGUCAAGUGGAAAUUCUUAGAACAUAAAGGUCCACUUUUCGCCCCUCCUUAUGAACGCUUGCCUAGCUCUGUUCAUUUUCACUAUGAUUCCAAACCUAUCAAGUUAUCGGAUCAUGCAGAAGAAGUUGCAGGGUUUUACGCACGUAUGUUGGAUCAUGAUUAUACCACAAAGGAAGUGUUCAACCACAACUUCUUCCGUGACUGGGUGAAAACAAUGAAUGAAGAAGAACGUCGAACCAUUAAAUCCCUUAGCAAAUGCGAUUUUCGCGAAAUGCAUCAAUAUUUUCUUAAGUUAAGUGAAGAAAGAAAAAACCGAACUAAGGAGGAAAAACAGAAGAUAAAGGAAGAAAACUUACAAAUUCAAAAUGAAUAUGGCUACUGCAUAUUGGACGGACACAAGCAAAGAAUCGGGAAUUUCCGUAUUGAACCUCCAGGCCUAUUUCGAGGCCGUGGCAACCAUCCUAAAAUGGGCAUGUAA